AUGACAAGUCAAGUUGGAGCAGGACUGGCAGCGGACACAGACAUAUUCAAGUCGAAAUCUCCAGGCCUCAAGGUCCUUGAUCUCUGUAUGGCACCAGGCGGGUUCACAACGGCAGCCGCCAAAAACCUCACCGAGCCAAUGAUCGACGGCAUGACACUUCCACCUGAGAUCGGAGGGUAUGAAGUGAUUGCCAAGAGUUUCUGUCAGCGUAUCAUCUACUCUGAUAUCACGAUGUAUCCCACAGAAAUGGGAUACGCGGGACAUGUUCCAGAGGGACAUCCUGAUGCGAGAAAAUUCGAAACAAAUCAGCCGCUUCUCGGAAACAGGUACAGCAUCGUGUUCUGUGGUGGAGCGGUAGGACGUGAUCACCCUAGAAAGGAUUAUCGCAAAGAUUGUGAAGGCACACGCUUGAUUGUUUCGCAAACUGUCUUUGCUAUGAACCAUCUCAAUCCCGGUGGCUCGAUUGUCCUGCUCUUGCAUCGUGUUGAGGCAUGGGAUACUGUUUGUAUACUCAAUGCUUUCAAUCAGUUCUCUGAAAUUGAGCUAUACAAGCACCCCAAGUGCCAUGCUAUCAAAUCGUCGUUCUAUCUUGUGGCAAGAAAUAUCGAUCUGGAACAUCCUGCCGCAAAGGAAUCAGUUUCCUAUUGGAGGUCUCUUUGGAGGUAUCUCACUUUCAAAGAUAUUCCAGUGCCCGAGUCGACUCUUUACGGGUCCGAUGACGCGUUUGUGCAAAAAUUGAUAGAAGAAUUUGGUCCUUACUAUAGGAAGAUUGCACGACCUGUGUGGAAGUGCCAGGCUAAAGCACUGCGCAAGCAGUCAUUUACCAGAUAG